AUGUUCACGUGUGAACUGUCUCUUCCUACCUCCUCACCCACUUCCUCCCCUACUUCCCUUCCUACCUCCUCACCCACUUCCCCUCCUACUUCCUCACCCACUUCCCCUCCUACUUCCUCACCCACUUCCCUACACUGCAGGUGUGAACUGUCUCUUCCUACCUCCUCACCUACUUCCUCACCCACUUCCCCUCCUACCUCCCUUCCUACUUCCUCCCCUACUUCCCCUCCUACCUCCUCACCUACCUCCCUUCCUACUUCCUCCCCUACUUCCCCUCCUACCUCCUCACCUACUUCCCCUCCUACCUCCUCACCUACUUCCCCUCCUACCUCCUCACCUACUUCCCUACACUGCAGCAUCGUCCCUACUUCCUCACCCACUUCCUCCCCUACUUCCCUUCCUACCUCCUCACCCACUUCCCCUCCUACUUCCUCACCCACUUCCCCUCCUACUUCCUCACCCACUUCCCUACACUGCAGGUGUGAACUGUCUCUUCCUACCUCCUCACCUACUUCCUCACCCACUUCCCCUCCUACCUCCCUUCCUACUUCCUCCCCUACUUCCCCUCCUACCUCCUCACCUACCUCCCUUCCUACUUCCUCCCCUACUUCCCCUCCUACCUCCUCACCUACUUCCCCUCCUACCUCCUCACCUACUUCCCCUCCUACCUCCUCACCUACCUCCCUUCCUACUUCCUCCCCUACUUCCCCUCCUACCUCCUCACCCACUUCCCCUCCUACCUCCUCACCUACCUCCCUUCCUACUUCCUCCCCUACUUCCCCUCCUACCUCCUCACCCACUUCCCCUCCUACCUCCUCACCCACUUCCCUACACUGCAGCAUCGUCCCUACUUCCUCACCUACUUCCUCCCCUACCUCCUCUCCUACCUCCUCACCUGCUCCCUCACCUACUUCCUCACCCACUUCCCCUCCUACCUCCUCACCCACUUCCCCUCCUACCUCCUCACCUACCUCCUCACCUGCUCCCUCACCUACUUCCUCACCUACUUCCUCCCCCACUUCCCCUCCUACCUCCUCACCAACUUCCCUUCCUACCUCCCCUCCUACCUCCCUUCCUACCUCCUCACCCUCUUCCCCUCCUACCUCCUCACCUACCUCCUCACCCACUUCCCCUCCUACCUCCUCACCCACUUCCCCUCCUACCUCCUCACCCACUUCCCCUCCUACCUCCUCACCAACUUCCCUUCCUACCUCCCCUCCUACCUCCCUUCCUACCUCCUCACCCUCUUCCCCUCCUACCUCCUCACCCACUUCCCCUCCUACCUUCUCACCCACUUCCCUUCCCUUCCUACCUCCUCACCUACUUCCCUUCCUACCUCCUCACCCACUUCCCCUCCUACCUCCCUUCCUACCUCCUCACCCUCUUCCCCUCCUACCUCCUCACCUACUUCCCCUCCUACCUCCCUUCCUACCUCCUCACCUACUCCUUCCCGUGCUUCUGUUUGCUGGUUAG